GGCUCUGGGCAAUCCACCUCCCCCAGGGUAGCCCCUCAGCGAGUCAGUGGGCUGGGGCUCUCUGUGCCUCCACCCUCUGCAUGGGGAACGCCAUCCGGGCCCUGGUGGCCUUCGUCCCCGCCGACUGCUGCCAGAGCUACCUGGUCAGAGACCUCCGGGAGAUGCCGAAGGACAAGAUGGUGGAUCUGAGUGGGAACCAGCUCCGCCGCUUUCCCGUGCAUGUGUGUUCCUUCCGGGAGCUGGUCAAGCUCUACCUGAGUGACAACCACCUCAACAGCCUGCCUCCAGAGUUGGGGCAGCUCCAGAAUCUGCAGAUCUUGGCCCUGGAUUUCAACAACUUCAAGGCUCUGCCUCAGGUGGUGUGUACUUUGAAACAGCUCUGCAUCCUCUACCUGGGUAACAACAAACUUUGCGACCUCCCCAGUGAGCUGAGCCGGCUCCAGAAUCUCCGGACCCUGUGGGUCGAGGCCAACUGUCUCACGCAGCUGCCAGAUGUGGUCUGCGAGCUUAGGCUCCUUAAGACUCUGCACGCCGGCUCCAAUGCCUUGCGUCUGCUGCCGGCCCGGCUCCAGUGCCUCCGGGAGCUGCGGACCAUCUGGCUCUCAGGCAACCUGCUGACCGACUUCCCCGCUGUGCUGCUGCACAUGCCCUUCCUGGAGGUGAUCGAUGUGGACAGGAACAGCAUCCGUUACUUCCCCAGCCUGGCCCACCUGUCGGGUCUGAAGCUGGUCAUCUAUGACCAUAAUCCUUGCAGGAAUGCACCCAAGGUGGCCAAAGGAGUGCGCCGUGUGGGAAGAUGGGCCGAGGAGACGCCAGAGCCUGACCCCAGAAAGGCCAGGCGCUAUGCCUUGACCCAGGAGGAAAGCCAGGAUGGAGAGGCACCUGCCCUGCCUUCUCUACUUCUUCCUCCCAACUCCUGAAUGCUUCAGUUGUCAGUCGAGGCCAAGGACACAACUCUGGUGUCUUCUGGAGACCUUCUGGAGACCUCUCCUUUAGAGUGCAAAGGAUUGCUUGGGGACAUGUGGGGUGCCUUUGCAAAAAACUUCUGGCCAACAUCUCUACCAAAGCGAAGCUGUGUGCUCUGGGGAGCAUGAGGACUUCUUUGCAAGAAAAUCAACUUCUCCAAACAGAUAUUUUGAAACACUGAAGAUCAAGAAGUGCUAGGACAUUUUGUCCUUCUCCCUCUCCAGAAAUGGCUGGUCACGAUGCUCAUGACCUCCUCGAAUAAGGUAUUUAUUAAAGAAUUCACCCGAGUUCUGGUGGCCUGGCUCCAGCUCUUUGCAGGGUAGAUUGGUGUUACUGUGAAUGACCAUAAGUGAUAUGAAAAUAUUGCUAAUUCAGGUCACUUUUUAAAAGACAUUUCUACCU